ACCUGUUACUGCCUGUCCUUGUCUGGGGGUGGGGGCCCAUCAGCCCCUCCUCAGCUGCCUAGCAGAGCAAGAAGUUAGUGGGGAGGGGAGGGAACAUGGAGAGGGGGCCCGUGGUGGGGGCAGGGCGGGGGGUCGGGACCCGAAUCCAGGCAGUGCUGGGCUGCCUGGCCAGGGUGCUUCUCUGGGUGUCCUCCACCUUGCUGUACUUCGGAAGCGAACAGGCUGCCCGCCUCCUGGGCAGCCCCUGCCUGCGUCGCCUCUACCAUGCCUGGUUGGCAGCUGUGGUCAUCUUCGGGCCCCUCCUGCAGUUCCAUGUCAACCCCAGGACCAUCUUUGCCAACCAUGGCAACUUCUUCAAUAUAAAGUUUGUGAAUUCGGCAUGGGGCUGGACGUGCACCUUCCUGGGGGGCUUCGUGUUGCUGGUGGUCUUCCUGGCCACACGGCGCGUGGCAGUGACAGCGAGGCACCUGAGCCGCCUGGUGGUGGGGGCGGCCGUGUGGAGGGGGGCCGGCAGGGCCUUCCUGCUCAUCGAGGACCUGACAGGUUCCUGCUUUGAGCCUCUGCCCCAAGGCCUGCUGCUCCAUGAGCUGCCGGACCGCCGCAGCUGCCUGGCUGCCGGCCACCAGUGGCGGGGCUACACGGUCUCCUCCCACACCUUCCUGCUCACCUUCUGCUGCCUACUCAUGGCUGAAGAAGCCGCCGUGUUCGCCAAGUACCUGGCCCAUGGGCUGCCGGCCGGCACCCCCCUGCGCCUCAUCUUCCUGCUCAACAUGCUGCUGCUGGGACUCUGGAACUUCCUGCUGCUCUGCACCGUCAUCUACUUCCACCAGUACACUCACAAGGUGGUGGGCGCUGCCGUGGGCACCUUCGCCUGGUACCUCACCUACGGCAGCUGGUAUCACCAGCCCUGGUCACCAGGGAGCCCGGGCCAUGGGCUCUUCUCCCGGCCCCGCUCCAGCCGCAAACAUAACUGAAGGAAAUAAAGGCACAUCAAGCCC